GGUACCGGCGGUAGUCGACCUACUGAACACACACACGAGCUAAUACGUUUGAUAUGCGUGAACGUGUUCUCACCCGUCGUGGCGUUAUGACGAACGGACUGUGGCACACUGCGUCGCUGUGAACGCCUAGAGGUAAACAAACCGCUGCGCGGUCAUUAUGAGUUCUACGGAUGAGGAGCUUGACCUGAGCGAGAUCGAUGUCUUUGCCACAAGAAAGAGAAAGGCCGAGCCCAAGUCGCAAGUGCCGGCAUGCGCCACCACAGGCACUCCUGGUACGACGGUUGUUCGCAUGGAAGAGAAGCUGGCCAUUGCAAGCCUGGAAGCCAGCAGCCUGCGUCAGAAGAAUAAGCGGAGCCGAAGUGAGCAGCGUCGCAUGGCUCGCAUGAGGAGGCGGCUGCAGCAGGCAUCGACUACCGAGGGCAGCAAUAGUGAGGAUCAGCAGAAGUGGCAGCAGGUGCGCCCCUUCCUCACCGUAAACGACCACCUUGAGGGUCCAGUACCUCAUGGGAGCUGCGGGCCCAAGACGGAGCUUGAAUCGCUGGUCGAGACAGCCAUUGCCGAUGGCGACUUUGACAAGGCAGAGAUGCUGAGUGACCACUUGGCCAACCGGCAGUUUGCUGUGAAGAUUGCCGAUGCAUUUGCUGCCAAGCGGUGUGCUGAGGAGCAAGAGGCCAAGAGCAGGAGGGACUACGUCAAGAGGCAGGCCAAGCUACCUUGGGGGUUUGAAGCAAAAGAGCGGUGGCAGAUGAAAGGAAACAUGUGACUGAAUGACUUCUUCAUGGACACAUGGAUGUGGCAUUGCAGGCGGACAGUGGUUCCACUGUUGACAUGAAAACCUGAUCCUACAGUCAUCUGCAGGCGCUCACUGCCUACUGUGGUCCUGCCAGCGUAUAACUGCAGGUGUGCCGACACAUCGAUUUUAGCGACUGGUGUCGUCAUGCUCAUGUACUUCAGCACACGCUUUAUCGGUACCUUAUUGUGCUACAAUAAAUUUGAAAAAGAAAAAAAAAGGCUGGUGUCAUAUAUGGUGUAUUGUUCUUCUAAUAAGCAAUAAAGUAGUUC